UUGGAAAGUGACGGAAACAAAAAAGACGGACGAACAUAACGGAACAUGAUUAACGACGCGCCAUUACACCACACAGUGGUUCAUUGAUCCUUGCACCCUCUUAUUGAAAAUCACUUAGAUGACUUCGGCGGUUGCCGGAGAUUUGCUCGGAUUCGUUCAAGAAGCUCCUCGCGUGUGGCCUUGUGAUCAGGCAUCAGACCUCGCUGCCAGUUGUCAGAAUGUAUGCGCUACUUGGAUUGGUGGUUACCAUACAGCACGGAGCCACCGCCGCAUCUCUUCAAGUGUCCAAUCUGCGGGGUCUUUUUCAGGGUUAGUCUUAUUUGGUGGCAUACAGGUGCAGGCACUCGCCUCCUUUUGGAUCAGAUUCGGCAGGAAAUAUCUCAUUGCCCCAAAUCGCCCAUGCCGCCGCUGCGGUGACCAUGCCUGCAAAACCUGGUGGCUGUUAGUGGACGAGAUUCGCCCGCACUGGGUGGAGGAAGCAUGCCUAGAAAGAGGUUCUAAACGUUCUGUUAUUAGUAUUUGUUACAGCGAUGAAACUCUAGAUACAAUACCUACUUUGGAAUGCAUCGCACGAUCCAGCGGUGUAGGCAUUUUCAAAAGCUUCCAAAUCGUAAUUUGUUGUAUGCUGAAGGAAUAGAGAAAUUGCAACUUAGGAAUGGAUCAGGACACCUGGUAUGUGUUCAACCAGACCAUCCUAUCGCAUGGAACGAUCAAGCCCAUGACGCUGCUACCUAGCCGCCGCACCGCCACACGCCACCGGAAAGCCAGAUCACGUGUUGUAUCGGGAAAAGCAUAAUAACAUAAAAAGGUGCUGAGUAAUUAUGUCUCCAGCCCAACCCAAACACUAAGGGCUUCGUCAUCGCAGCCCUAGCCCGAUUGGGAAGAUCCCACACAACGGGUCCAGCUGUCGGGGCUCUCGGACUUCGAGACCGCGAUUGAGCUUGCUUCCUUUCCUAUCCAAAGACUCUUGACGAUUAUCCCACCUACGUCGCCAAUCACCUUUGCCCACCAUGCCUCGCGAAGU